AGUUAACCUGAGCCCAGAGUGGACAUUACAUAACCCAAGCCCAAUAAAACCCAAAGACAUUCACAAAUACAAAACCCUAAUAUAGUCUCACCUUUCUCAGCUGAAAAUCACACACAUAGCAUCAGUUGCCGCACACCCUCUGCUACGUUUCUUUGUUUGAAUUAAGGAAAUUCUGCAAAGAUGGGUCGUGUGCGCACCAAGACCGUGAAGAAGUCAUCUCGACAGGUAAUUGAGAGGUAUUACUCCAAAAUGACUUUGGAUUUCCACACAAACAAGAAGAUCCUGGAAGAAGUUGCCAUAAUUCCUUCUAAGCGUCUCCGCAACAAGAUUGCUGGUUUCUCCACCCACCUUAUGAAACGUAUCCAGAAGGGACCCGUUAGAGGUAUUUCCCUCAAACUGCAAGAGGAGGAGCGUGAGAGACGCAUGGACUUUGUUCCCGAUGAGUCAGCCAUCAAGACUGAUCUUAUUGAAGUUGACAAGGAGACCCUUGACAUGCUUUCAGCCCUCGGUAUGUCUGACCUUCCAGGUGUCGUCAAGCAGGCUGCUGAGCCACAAGCAGUGGCAGCUCUCCCAACAUAUGGUCGCGGUGCAGGAGGUUUUGGGAGGAAAUACUAAUAAGAAUAGUUUCAAAAUUUUUAUGUUCUAUUGAAGGAAGUUUUUGGUAGAUUAUGUGUUGUUUAGUUUUCCCUAAUUUUCUUUGAGGAUUCUUAAUUAGAAGCUCAUUUUCAUUGUUGAGACAUAAUGAUGAAUGACCCCUUUUGGUUUUAAAAUGCAUGUGAUACAUUUCCUCAA